AUGUUAAGAGGGUAUAUUUCUAACUAUCUUCAAAAGAGGUCUAUAAUUGACAUUGAAAAUACCUCUAAGACUUAGAAAAAUGACUAAUUAUCAAAGAGCCUUAUAGACACAUAGCUAAGAAGACUAAACUUUAAGCCUAAUAAUAAAAAGUUAUCAGGCAAUUUCACCUAGAGCAAGUUUAGAAAUUAAGCUAAAGAAGAUAAAAGCAUUGAGAUGAAUGCAACUAAUAAAAUUGAUAAUGAUAAAUUAAACUCUCCCUACCAAAACAUCACUUAAGAUAUUGAAUAGGAGUCUAGAGAACAAUUGUUUAGUAAGGCUUUUAAAAUAAGGCAUAAUAAGAGAUUCUAGAGUUUCAGAAAGACAGUAUAAGAAGAAAUAUAGAGAAAUUCUCCUAAAAAUUAAAAUAAUCAGCUAAAGUCUAAGUAUUCGUUAGAAAGACUCUCUAAUAAUGACUUCUAAGUAGUAAUGUCAAUGAAAAAUGAACUAAUUCAGAUGCGUAAGACUUUCGGCAACAAGAUCUCGGAGAAAUUCUUGGAUAAUAUUGAGGAAAGGCUUAUAGUAUUUAUGGAGGACGGCAGUGAUUUGAGAAAUAUGAAAAUUGGAAUUACUGAAGGAGAUGACAUAUUCGAGUAAUACCUUCAAUAAACUAAUAAUUAGGAGAAAAAAUUGUCAAUCGAAGAGGACAAUUCGGUUAUCAAAUGGAAGAAGCACCCAAAGCAAGUAGUUCUCAACGUAAAUAAGUAUAUUGCUAAAUAUAACUUUGAGAUUGCUAGGAAGCUAAGUGGAGAGUAUUAUACAGAAACAAAGGAAAAUAAUAGAUAAUUAAUGUUUGAUUUAAAAGCAUUACAAGAAUUAUUACAAGAUGUUUCAAAUACGAUAAGUGGUGGUAAAAAGGUUUAUAACUCCCUGUUCACAGUAAAUGGAAAGUUUAUUAAAGAUUUAAAAAGUAUACCUUCUGAUUGUAGGCUAGUACUCUGCUCAAACGCUGAAAUAUAAUAGCAAAUACUUGAAGAAGAUAAAAGUGCAAAAAAUUAUUAAGAACCAAAGUAAACCUUUCAAGGAAUAAAAGGCAAUAUCUACCACUUUGAGAGUUUGGACUAAAAUCAUCAAUUUGAAUCUAAGAGAAUUAGGAGGCAUAUAAAUUAGUCGAAAGAUCGAUGGUUCUACCAGAAUCUAAAUAAUUGGAAUCAUAUUACGCCAGGUAUUUAGUCACAUCAUAAAUUGGAGGAUCUAAAUUUGCAUUUCAAAGAUGACUCAGAAACUCGAAUCUCAAAAAACUAAAUUCAAAGUAAUCACCAACAAGCUAUGGAUAAGCUCAAUAAUCUGAGUAUGAAUAGAAUUAAAACAGCUUCAUUAAUGUCAAGAGAAGAGUAAAAAGCUAGAAAUUCACAUGGAAAUACUUAUUAUAACAAGGGUCCCGAUGGACAAGUAAACCAUUUUAGCAAUUUCAGUAUUUUAACUGGAAAUCAUGCUUACAAUUCCCAAUUGCAAUUUAAUCAUAAUAAAGCAUAGAAUUUUGAGCCAAUGAGAAUGGAAAACUUCUUUAGGAAAAAGGAGCCAUACUCAUCAAAUGUUUCAAUGCUAUCUCAUCCAAAAUAAAAAAAGCAAAUAGACUAGCUGAAUUUAUUGAACUUGUAAAUGCCAGAAGAAUUAGAAGAUGAAGAAUUAAAUCUUAAAGCCUUAAACAAUAAUCACUAUGAUCAAAAUCAAUCAAUAAUAAAUGAGAAUUACAUUAAAUCUUUUAUGACUGAGCCAUUCAACUAAUAAAUCAUAACUCCUCUUAGUAAUCAAAGGUAGCAAUCUUUUGGAAUCUAAAAUCAUAUUUAGUAAAAGGGAAUCUUAAAGUUAUAGAGCAUGAAAAUUAAUCCAUAAUUUGUGUCUGAUUUCAAUAACAAUCCGGAUUUUUCUCCAAGGUCAGCAAUGACCAGAGAUAAAAAUAAUCAUAUAGUGUAAAAGCUCAAUCUUAAAUCAAAUUCAAGAAUAAAUUCAAACAUGAAUCGUAAAAAGACCCAGUCAAGCAUGAAUAAGUCAUUCAAGACAUCCAACAUUAAUGAUUAAUAUUCAAGUUCCAAUCAUCACCAAAAACUAACUUACAAAGAUAUUGAAAUGUGGUCUGCUAAGUAUGAUUUAUCCUGGAAGGAGAUAUAUGAACUUGACUCAGAGUUUCAGAGUCUUCUCCAAAUAGAAAAAGAGAACAAAGAUAAACUACUUAAGAGAGUAUAAGAGAUGAGAUUCGAUCCAAAUAUAAAUAGUGGAAUGAUUCAGAAUGAAAUGAGCAUGAUUCCAUAAGUAGAGUAGAAGAUCGGGGAUAAUGAGCCAGGUAUUACUUUGCAAACUUUCAAGGAUUAUUCAAAGAUGUUUGUUGGAAAACAUAAAGAAGUAAGAAGAAAUUUAAUUCAGGCGUUUGGAAUCGAUAUUUCUAAUAAGAAUACCAAGAUUGUAUGGGAGUAAUACUUACAGAUAAAAUGUUUCUUGCAGUUUUUCACUCUACCCAAGACAGAAUUGAUUAAAAUAUGGAUUAAGAUCUUGGAUCCAAAUGGAAUAAGACAUAUCUUGAGAUCUAGGUUGCUUGAGUUUCUCGAGAUAUUAGCUAGAGGCACCGUAACUGAUGAAUAAACACUAGUAAGUCGUGAAUUUGCCAAAAACAUAGUUAGAGUCUUCGAGAUGGAAGAUUGUGUUAGCGAUAAUGGAAAUGAAAUACUAAUGGAAAAAGUUGAAGAUGCUUUUAAUACUGGAAUAAUGGACAUAGAAAUUUUAAAUCAAGUCCUUAGAGUCGAUUGUCUUUACGUUGUUAAGUCAAGACAUUAUAACUACGAUAUAUGA